AUGACUGUUUCCACCUCAGAAUAUGUCCCUGCUGAAACCAGGCUGUUCAAGCCUUUGAAAGUGGGCAACAACCUGCUCUCCAACCGCAUCUUCUUCGCGCCUCUCACUCGUCUCAGGAACGAUGAUGACCAUGUUCCUCUGCCCCUAAUGGAGAAAUACUACGCAGACCGUGGAUCUACGCCUGGUACUCUACUAGUUACCGAAGCAACGGCCAUAUCCCAUGCCGAAGAGGGCGCUAUGAACAAUCCCGGAUUCGUGAGUGAGGCUCAGGUCGAGGGCUGGCGCAAAAUUUACGAAGCCGUCCACGCCAAUGGGUCAUUCAUCUUCCAGCAAUUGUGGGCUAUGGGACGAGCAUCCGAUCCAGAGGUACUGGCCAAGCGAGGCUUCCAAUACCGGUCUUCUAGUGCCGUACCCAUGCCCGGUUCAGAAGUCGCACCUAGAGCCAUGACCGAAGAAGAAAUUCUGGAUACCAUCAAGGACUUUGCUGAAACGGCCAAGAGGGUCAUUGCAGCUGGUGGAGAUGGAGUUGAGAUCCACGGCGCACACGGAUACCUCAUUGACCAAUUCCUCACAGCGAGUAUCAAUCAGCGCACCGAUAAAUGGGGUGGAUCGAUCGAGAACCGUGCUAGAUUUGCCCUCGAGGUCAUCAAGGCCGUUGUUGAAGCUAUCGGUGCCGAAAGAACCGCUAUCCGCUUCUCUCCUUACGCCGGUUUCCAAGGCUCGGAAAAAACAGACUACAUUAAGCUGUACACAUACCUUAUCGGAGAGCUGAAGAAAAUGGACCUCAAGCUCGCCUACAUCUCCCUCGUCGAGGCCAGAGGCGAUCCGGGCGCCAUCGUCCGAGGCGAUGCCGUGAUUAACGAACACAAAACCCUUGACUUCAUUCUCGAACAGUGGGAUAACCAGUCUCCGGUCCUUGUGGCGGGAAGUUAUCUACCCGAGACAGCAGCACAUGUCGUGGAAGAGCACUACAAGAAGUGGGACGUCAUGAUUGGCUUUGGUCGCUACUACAUUUCCAACCCGGACUUGGUCUUCCGGGUUAAGAAUGGUAUUCCUUUCGCCAAGUACAAUCGCUCGACUUUCUAUCUCCUAAAACAAUGGGAGGGUUACAAUGAUUACCCUUUCAGCUCGGAGUUUGUUGCAGCGCAUUCUGACCAGAUUCAUCCAAUGACUGAGUCUCAACAUGAAGCUUCGCUGGGAAAGAAAUAG